GAGAGUAAGAGCGUCUGUGGAGGAGGAACAGAAUUUGAACGAGAAUACCGCGAUUAUCCUUCUUACACCUCUGAAAGAAGAGGUCCUCCAAGGAGGAGUAAACCAAUAGAUCGUGGGUCAGACAAAGAAAGACGUGACUCAACUACGCUUUAUGUGGGUAAUCUUCCAUAUGCUUUUCGUGAACAAGAUGUAGCUGACAUGUUCGAACGAUAUGGUCGUUUACGAAAAGUGACAGUUCAGAUUGACCAUUAUACCGGAAGAAACAAAGGGUUUGCUUUUGUUGAAUUCGAGGACAGAAGAGAUGCCGAAGACGCAUUUGAUAAAUACAAUGGAACCAAUGUCGAGGGUCGCCGACUAAAACUUGAUUGGGACAUUGGUCUUAAUAAAAAGGACCAACAUCGUAGAGAAAAAUAUGGUACACCCAAUGACUAUGGUCGUUCGGCAGAUCCUUAUGGACGCGGUGCUUCGCCUCUUGGAUUACGUGCUUUUAGUCCAAACUACAGAACAGGUGGUGCUCGUUCUCCCAGUCCUACUUAUCGUCGAUGA